AUGAAAUCUGAAAGACAAGGAUUACUACCUGCUAUACCUUUGUCAUACAUCACAGUCACAGACGAUCCUCAGCAAGACUCAAAAGAACAAGUAUCCACACCAAAAAAUCCAAUAAGUCUGGAAAAUAUAAUUGACCAUGGAAACAUUUCUGAAUUGCACAAUAUUCAAUCAGAAAGAACUCCAAAGUCUACAAAUUAUUCAGGAUUAACUUCAAGGCUUCCAGAAUCUAGUAGAAAAAUCGUAAUUUUUAUAAAGAGCCGAAAUGAAAUCGAAAGACUACUAAAUGAAUAUCAAGCUUCUUUUGAUUAUGGAAGAGCUAAUCUUACUGUAGAUUGUGCAGGCCCUAGAUUAGGUCCUGGAUAUUAUAAUAUCGGAUUAAGCACACUCGGAGGAACAUCUUUUCAGUUCAGCACAACUUGUCGAUUUCGAAGACCAGAAUCUCUUGGACUUUAUGCGUCUCAAGAUAAAUCCAAGUCUGCCACAGAUAUUUUGAAACAUAAUAAAAAUAUGCUUCAGCACAAGCUUUCAAAUAGGCUAUAUCUUAGCAAAAUCAAGUCAGAAGUUGAAGCUGCCCGCAUCUGCCAAGCGAAAAGGAAAAAAGAAUUUCUACUUUUUCAAAAAAAAAUUGAAAUACAAAGCAAAAUUGAAGAUAAACAAAGGAGACUUAUAAUGAAAGUAAAAAGAGCCCAGGUUUCGCAUAUUGUGAAAGCUUGGUGCAUUUUAUUAAUUGUAGCUUCUUGGAAUACAGAAGCUACUUAUAAGAUCAAAUAUCGAAAAGAUUUGCAUGCUAGGUCACAAAAAGUACUGAAAAUGCUUUUUAUUAUGUGUAAAAGUAUCGGGAAAUUUAAAAUCCUUGCUCAAAGAGCAAGGUCAAAUUUAGCUGUUAAGAAAUUGCAAAUUUUAUCAAAACCUAUUCAUAUUCACUUGAAGCAUAUUAAAGUUGCAUAUAAAAACAGAAUUACAGACGUUUUUGAGAGGACUUUGAUGUCAGACACACUUUUUCAGUUGAUGGCAUGAUGAAGAAACAGGCUGAUCUUUAUACAGAGAACAUGGAAGCAUAUGCAUAUAGAAAAGAAAACAAGCAUGAUCAUCAGAAAAACAAUAUGAAAUAAAGUUGAAUAUAAAAUGCAUAGAGAGCAGCUAGUUAAGAUGAGAAAGUAUAGCAAAGAUGAGCUUCAUAAACCUAUUGAGCAGAAAGCUAUUUUAGGAAACUCAACAAUCCCUGAUGAAGUAAAAGAAUUCUAUAUAAAAAUGAAAUUAAAAGAAAGGCUUAAUGAAUUUUUGGUUGAGUUAGAAAAAUAUAAGCAUGCUUGCAAAUUUAUAACAGAAAAGAACAGGAGUGAAGGUAUAGAACUGGAGUUCCCAGAAAAGCCGGUAAGAAAUUACGUCUUACUGGACCAUGAUUUUAGACAUAUGAUCAUACAAUGUAUAGAAAAAAGAUCGGAAUGGCCAAGGAUAAUGGGUGAUAAUGAAUGCUAA